CACACAAUUGUGUGUCUGACUGAGAAUCGUUAUUAAUUAAAUGGAUUGGCAUAUCAUCAUAAAAAUAAAAGCAAACACAAGGCACAAACAACAAAAAAUCUCACUAUCAGACCUCAUAAAACGUUGAUUGAGCGUAAAGAUCCUAGAAAAUAAUGAUGGAAAAUGACAAAACAAUUUGCAUUGUUUGAACUGAUAAUAUAAGUUGUGGGAAUCAAUAAACUGACUCAGAACUGUUUCAACAUGGUUUAUAUCACCAGCAACGAGCGGACACCUCUCCUGCUCCGCCAGGCUCUCGGAAAUUUGAAUUCCAAUGGUUUUGGACACCGACACUGGCAGGGUAUACUCCUUUUUGUUGGCAUGAUGAUCAACUAUUUUCAACGUGUGGAUAUAUCGGCUGCUAUAGUGCCCAUGACACAGUCAACUGCCGGAGCUCCUUACUAUAAUUGGGAUGUAUCGGAUAAAUCGAUGAUCUUAAGCAGUUUUUUUUGGGGUUAUGUAGUAUCCCAAGUGCCUUCAGGUCUUUUGGCCAAACGUUUCGGAGCCAAAUUGGUGCUGGGCUUGGCCACAGCUGUGGGAGGCAUUUUAGCAUUCUUUCAUCCCCUGGCUGCUGAAAGUGGAGUGAUUAGUGUUUGUGUUUUGCGUGUACUCACGGGAAUUGUCCAGGGAACGGUAUAUCCAUGUGUGCACACAUUGCUGGCCAAAUGGGUGCCUCGUACGGAGAGAGGAUUCCUUACGACGGGCAUAUAUUCGGGUGCCCAAUUUGGAACGGCUGUCAUAUUGGGAACCAGUGGUUUUAUAUUUGAAUCCGGAAUGGGUUGGCCUGGUUUGUUCUAUAUAUCCGGUGGUCUUAGCUUGCUCUGGGCGCUGCUCUUCUUCUGGCAGGGAGCCAAUGAACCGGCUCAGGACAAAAGUAUUACCAAAGUUGAGCGGGAAUAUAUUGAAGCACUGACCGGCAGCAAUAGCAGCAGUCAGUCCAUGCCUGUGCCCUGGUUGUCAAUCUUUAGUUCGCCAGCUUUCUAUGGUCUGUUGGCGGCCCAUUGUGGCUUCACGUGGGGCUUCUACACCCUGCUCACUGAGAUGCCGACCUAUAUGAGCAGUGUCCUGGAGCUGAAUGUGAAAUCUAAUGCUCUACUCUCGUCCUUGCCAUACUUUGCCAUGGGCGUGCUCUGUUUGGUGGUCAGUCCCAUAUCGGAUUUGCUGAUAAAUCGUGGAGCAAUAUCCAUUACGACAGCCCGUAAGCUAUUCAAUUCUAUUGGCCAAUAUGGACCGAUGGCCUGUCUCAUAGGAUUGGGCUAUAUGACGGCUAAUGAGAAGACAUGGGCCAUUCUCCUGCUUACCCUGGCUGUGGGCAUCAAUGCCGGCUGCUCUUGUGGCUAUCUGAUCAAUCAUAUUGACUUGUCACCCAAUUUCGCUGGUCCCAUGAUGGGUGUUACCAAUGGCAUUGCGGGCAUCACAUCGAUUGUUGCCCCUCUAAUUGUGGGAGCCAUAUUAACCGACGAAACGGAUCCCAGUCAAUGGCGUGUGAUCUUUUUUAUAACCGGCGGUGUCUAUUUGCUAUGCAAUUCACUCUUCCUGGUCUUGGGCAAGGCCACAGUUCAGCCAUGGAACGCGCCUACAACUCCUGCCAAUAUGUCCAGUACCACAUCCUUGCGUCAUAAUCUUCAAACGGAUUCCAAGACGAUUGCGCCAAUAGCGACAGACAAGGAGAAUCAUUUAUAAAUCUCAUUCCAGCAUGGAACGUGCCGCCUCUUUAUGAUCCAUUUAGAUUUAUGCUUAGCCUAAUUUGACUUUAAGUUACGAUAAGCUCAAAACAAUUUAUUAUACGAUUCCCCCAGGCACGUGUCUGUAUGUAUGGGGACCAUAAAGAUUAAGUAAAUAUUAUAAAUGACUUAGUUAGGUGCGAAAUUAUAGCUGAAUAAUUAACAAAUAAAUAUAUGUGCGUACAUAUGUAUAAAGAUAA